AGUAUAAAACGCUGAUCAUUAGCGUAAUAAGAAUCAUUCAUCAAUUAGAAUAAGUUUCUUUCUUCUGGUUAAUUCAAUUCUAUCGUAAUCAUGAGAGUCUUUCUCUUAGCCUGUGUUUUCCUCGUCGCCGCUGUUAACUUCUCACUCGCUUGCGAGUGUGGUAUGGAAGGUUCAGCUGGUCGAAUCUACAAAGGAAGUAAAGUUCGAGCCCACAAAUAUCCUUGGUUAGCUCACAUUCGAUCAUACAUGAACCGAGACAUUGGAUUAUUCGCUCAAUGUGGUGGUUCUUUGAUCGAUGAGCAACACAUCGCCACUGCCGCUCAUUGUGUUGUCGACGAUGAUGGAUCAACAGUCGAUCUUUCCAGCAUUGAUGUUUUCCUUGGCAGCGUGCAGGCUUUCACAGGCGAAACUGUGGCUAUUUCAGUUUCAGAAAUGUGGAUUGACUCUAACUACAAUCGAAACAAUCUUGCCAAUGAUUUCGCCAUCUUGACCCUUUCCAAGCCUGUUAAAUUCACUCAACAAAUUUCUCCAAUCUGUUUACCAAAGAGCGAAUCUGGUUUAUCCAACCUCACCGUUGCCGGAUGGGGAACCACUGGCCCUCACUCUCGCUCAAGUGACACUCUCUUAGAAGUCGAUGUUUCAUACUUGACCCACGACCAAUGUAACGAUAUUAUGACCGAUUAUGUGUUCAAAAAAAGUGGCAUUCCUCUAUCAAUGAAGGGAAUGUUCCCAGUCCCCGGUGUCGCUGACUCUCAUAUGUGCGCCAUCAACAAGCAAACCUUGGGAGACGCUUGUACUGGUGACUCGGGUGGACCACUAAUGAAGAAGGCUGAUAAUGGUCUACAUUACCUCAUGGGUGUCGUUUCUGGUUCAUGGAGUAAAUGCGGAGAAAGUACCGACACUGCUGGUCUUUACACUCGAACCCUUUACUACCAAGAAACCAUCAAGAGUUUCGCUCCAAACGCUUGUUGGAAGGAUUAAAAAAUCAAAUCUAUUCUUGUUCAUGUUUCUAAUU